UAAACAGGGGCUUAUCUUUAAAAAAUAAGCUGCAUUUGUGCAUCUUCUGGCUGUGACGUUGCACAGCAGACCUUUAUAUUGAAACAGCACCGUGUGCAUUUUAAUAGGCUUCUCUCAGACACACACAAGCUGCAAGCUAACGGAGCUGCGGAGGGGAGUACAGUACAGUGAGUGCAGUGGUCUGCCUCUUCCAGCUAACGUUACAGCUGUUCCCAACUCCGCCACAUCCCGCUGGAGGGGCAUUAACAUUUAAAACGGGACAAAUGAACGAGCUGGUGAAGAGUUUACCGUCUCCGACUCUUCCCGGGCUACACCUCCCGUGUCUGGACGCCCAUAAAGGCUGGCUCUUUAAAUGGACCAACUACCUGAAGGGCUACCAGCGGCGGUGGUUCGUCCUCAGCAACGGCCUGCUGUCCUACUACAGGACUCAGGCAGAAAUGGCACACACCUGCCGGGGCACUAUUCCUUUGGCGACAGCUCACAUUGAGGUAGGUGACACUUGUCACUUUGUAUUAACCAGCGGAGGCCGAACCUACCAUCUGAAGGCCACCUCUGAGGGCGAGUGUCAGAGAUGGGUGUCAGCCCUGCAACAGGCCAAAGCCAACUCCACCCUCCUGAUGCACCACUCAGGUGAGGUCACGGUUUUCUACUCACUGGUACCUGGUACAGUGUGUUUAUUGUUUAGAUUUUUAAUUGGACUCAUUUCACAGCCUUGUUUGUCUUUGCUGCUACAUUUGAACUGA